AUGCCGCGCGAACGUGUCCCCCGCGAGCCGGAAGCAUCAUCGCCGCUAGACCCGGAGGAAGUCCGCCGCCGUCGUCGACUGGGAAUGUUCUCCAGGCGACUCUCAGUCCACCGCGUGGAUAUUUGGACUGCCGGGAACACGGACUCGUCGUCGUCAACCGGCUCCCCUCUUUUUAUGAACAACCAAACUGAUCUUAACCCGGCGCGGAGCACUGAGCAUUUCCUAGAAAGACGCAGGUCAGUCGCGCUUGAUUCCCCGAGACCACUGACCUCUCCCGCAACAGAAUUUGACACGAGAGAUUCAGCGGCUCUUCAGGCACGGAACCCUACGACGAGGAACUCCCAGGCAAUGACACCCGCCUCGGAACCCUCACGGCAGAGUUCCGCUCACGAUUACGGCGACGAUCUCCCUUGUACAGUGCACCCGCUGGAUUCUACGCCGUUUCAGCGCUCACGAAGUCUGCGACGGUGUAACCAGUGCCUGAGUCGCGUGCGCGGAAACCCCGUUCUCCUCGCCACUGCAGAAGCGAACGUUGUGAACAGCGCUCUGGAUUACGUUGAGCGACCGCUUCCUCCGCUUCCGAGGUCGUCUCCGCACCCUUCCACUGAGGACGACGAGGAGUACUGGCGCUCAACCAAAGAGGAGCAAGAGGUUCUCGAAGAGAUCGCGAGACUGUUGUAG